AUGGCACCAGCAUUCGGCAAGCUGAGACGAGAUCUACCGGCGCAAUACACGCUCCCUGGGCCGAAACACGCAGCCCACGCCAUCCGGUACGGCAGUUGGCUCUGCUCGUAUAGGCCCGAGAACAUGGAGUGGUGGGGCCCAAGCGCGAACACCGCCACAUCGUCUCCCCCGUGCGUCUCGGAAGUAACCGGUAUGUCUACGUGUGAUCUCCACUGCGGUGUACCUGCACAUUACCACAACUUCAAAAUGAUUGUUGGUGAGAGAAAGCUCCUGUUCGCCACCCAGUAA